GGACUCCCAGACAAGAGGCGGAUAGGACGUGACUGCCAGCGCCGCUGCACAAAUCACAGCUCCGGGAGGGAGAGCGCUAUCUCUAGCCUACAUUUAUUCCAGCUGUACACUUCCAGACAGCCUGCGGAGACAUGGGCGGCAUUGAGUCUAAGAGCCAGAGCACGGAGACCGCUGCUAGCAAGGCGGAGGAGCAGGAGAACGGUCAUGUGAAAACCAACGGGGAUACACUCCAGAAGCCGAACGGGGAUACUGCCGCUGCCAAUGGCUCUGCAGAGCCCGUCACCGAGGAGGUGGUGCCCGGGGAGACUAUAGAGCAGGCCCCGCCUACUAAUGGGGAUGCGAAGCCGGAGGAACCCCCGGGAAAACAGGCAAAGAAAAAGCGGUUCUCCUUUAAAAAGCCCUUUAAGCUGCCUUUCCGCAAAAACAAGAAAGAGGCUGCGGAGGAGGCGCCCGCCGGGGGAGAGGCCGCUUCCCCGAAGGAGGAGACUGCCCCCGAGCCCAAAGCCGAAGACCCGGUCGCCGACUCCUCCAACCCUCCCGAGAAUCCCCCCGUGGAGGCGGCGGCGGCCCCCCCUGCCGAGGAAGUAGCUGCCCAAGCUGAGCCGGCGGAACCCCCCCAAGAGCAGAGCCCCCAAAUCGCUGAGCCAACCCCGAGUACGGAAUCCCCCGCCGAGCCUCAGAAGGAGGAGUAGCCGGGGACAGGGAUGCUGCCUCCACUGUAAGGACUUCUAAGUGCAUUGAGCCCUUUCUACUCGUUAUUCACCACAGCCCUGGUACUCUCUACUGUAUGCGGGGUGGGAACAGACCUCUUAUGUGCCAAAAGUUGCCGAUCCCCCUUCCAUGAAAGUAAUCACUGCCCUAAUUACGUGUCUAAGCGGAAACUCAUGUACUAGUUAGGUUUAGUACAGAUCGAUAAGCUGUGAACUGUACCCUACCCCCCUCUGCCAUGACUUAUUUCACUGACAAUCAGAGCUUUGAGGACCACCCCAUCACUAUUAGCUGGAAAUAAAGUUGUGGACACUGGGGGGUGAGGGGUAGGGGGGUCUGCACAUGAGCUUCUGCUCUCAUUAUUAUUGGACCCUACUUCUGAAGAGAAGCAGUGACCCUGAAGCCAGCUGUUCAGAGACAUUUGUCUGUGUGCAAUGAAACUUUCCCUUCUCAGGAUGUGAGCAAUUUACUACACCGUGUUACCACUACUAAAGUUACUAUGGUGUGGGUGUGAAUUGGGAGAAUGUUUGUGUAUUUCUGUAAAUACUAUAUUUUUUUUUUUUUUUUUUUCUUGUCUUCUGUGGUCUUUUCUAACUGAAGUUGUUUCAUUGUGAUUUUAAAAAUAAAUGUUAAUCCCCUUUACACCAAA